UGCACACUGCGGUCCAAGUGGGAAAACAUACCUACUACUGAACCCUUCUCAGCUUUCAUCGGAAAGAUUGCGCAAAAAUGCCGGGACCUACUACUGAUCCUGAGUCAGUGCCCUCCCUCGAGACGGAAAAGUUCAACUACGUGAUUGUUGGCGGGGGGACUUCUGGACUCAUCGCCGCAUCCCGUCUCACAGAAGACCCGAAGGUCAAAGUUCUAGUCCUCGAAGCCGGGGCCAAUCGUUUAGAUGACCCUAGAAUCACUACUCCUGGUCUGGCCGCGUCGCUGUAUGAUGAUCCCGACUUCGAUUGGUGCUUCAUGAGCCCACCUCAGAAACACUUGAAAGGGCGUCAGGUGGCUCAGCCCAAGGGAAAAGUCCUGGGCGGAUCCACUGCUAUCAACCUGGGGAUGGUGAUCUACCCCUCCGCGGCGGGCUUUGAUGCAUGGGAAAAGCUUGGGGCUGCUGGAUGGAACUGGAAGGCCUUGACCCCCUAUUUCCGAAAAUUCCACAAAUUGACACUGCCGUCAAAAGAAUCCCAAGAUGAUCUUGUCUUGAGUUAUAUCGACAAGGAGAUCCAAGGAACAGACGGGCCCAUCCAGUUCUCCUUUGGAGAAAGCGAUGCAUACACGCCCUACAACAAGGCAUGGCCCAGAACUUUCGAGACCUUGGGUUACAAGCUCACGGGAGAUCCUCUAUCUGGCGUGGCUGUCGGUGCCUUCACCAAUCCUGGCAUUGUUGACCCCGUGACGAAGACCCGAAGUCAUGCUGGCAGUCAUUACCUGCAGGACCUUACCUCCCGGCCGAACCUUCAUGUACUCACAGAAGCGCUUGUGCACAAGAUUAUUUUGAAAAAGAAGGACGAUGGAUCCCUCUCCGCCGAAGGGGUUGAAGUCGUAACCAAAGACGGCGUCAAGAGAAACAUCUUGGCAAGUGAAGAAGUGAUUCUUGCCGCAGGAACCGUCAAAACGCCACAGCUUCUGGAGCUUUCUGGUAUUGGCGACAAGAAGCUCCUAGAAUCACAUGGCAUUCAUGUCUUGAUUGACAAUCCAAACGUUGGUGAGAAUCUUCAAGAUCACGGCUACGUUCCGUUCAGCUGGGAAGUUGCGGACGAUCAGAUUUCAGGAGAUAUUUUGCGUCAGCCCGAAGUGGCCGCAAGUGCGAUGGAAGCAUACCAGAAAGCAAAGGCGGGACCGCUGUCCGGCGUGCCAAUCGUAUCAGCGUUUAUGCCCAUUCCAGACCUCAAGAAAGACGAGUUGGAUCAACUUCUUGCCAAGUAUCUCGACUCUCAUGAGUAUAAGAGCUUUCCAGCCCAGAAGGAGCAGUUUGAGAUUCUCCGUGAAAUGCUAUACGACCCCACAUGUGCUUCUGGUCAGUACACUCUGGCACCAUUCCAGAUUGUCGCCAGAGAUGGGCCUGGGUGUAAAGGCAUCUACGGCAUGGGUAAGGAGGGCAAUUAUAUCAGCAUCGUUGCCGUUUUGAACCAUCCUUUCUCUCGAGGAUUCGUGCAUAUCAACUCCUCGGACCCAACUGCCCAGCCAACAGUGGACCCACAAUAUUUCUCUCAUCCACUCGAUCUCGAGCUCCAUAGCCGACAUACCCAGUGGCUAGAGACAUUGGCCGCAGCCGAACCGAUGGCUUCAUUAUUGAAGAAGGAUGGUCGCAGGAUUCAUUCCGAUAAGCCUGUGCAUGACCUAGAGACUGCGAAGGAGAUUGUGGAGGAGACCUUCGUCUCUCAUUACCAUAUCACGGGUACCUGUGCCAUGUUGCCCGAAAAGCUUGGAGGCGUGGUGAAUGAGAGGCUGUUGGUAUAUGGAGUUCCCAACCUGCGGAUCGUGGACGCAAGUGUCUUCCCCAUGAUCCCACGAGGGAAUAUCCAGUCGAGUGUAUACGCAGUUGCUGAGCGAGCUGCCGAUAUCAUCAAGGAGGACCGUCUGCAGCGAAAGAUGGAGGAUGCUAAGAUAUAAGUGGUUUAGGAUAGGCGGCACGGAGAAGAGAACACUCCUCUGACUUACAUCCAUACCAUACCUUAGAUGCCUCUAUUAGUCGUUUAGAACG